UGCCGUUACACAACUUACAAACUCCUCCGUCUUUUGCUGUUUUACUACUCGCUAUAUAAUAAUCGAAUAAAAUAAAACUAAAAAAGAAAAGGAGAAGGACGCGAAUCUUACCAAAAACCCCUCACUGUCCUCUCUCUGUCAAGAAAAUGCGAUUCUAGGGUUGGAAAACCGAAGAGCUCCUGAAGUUUAUCUCCAUGGCGACAGAAAGAGGAGAGAAAGAUGUUUCCGAUCUGGAUCUGAAAAAGACCAGAGAAAGCGAUGGAGAAUCCAGUAGCAGUUCUUCAGAUUCGUCGUCGUCGUCGGAGGAUCGGAAGAGGUCUCACCGCGGCGGGGAUACGCCUACUGUCGUGUUGGAAGCGGGAAUUCCGGAGGCUGGCGUCGGUUCCAGUGUCGAACUGGAGAGUAGCGCUGUGCCUGGAGCGGAAACAGAAGCAAGGAUUUUAUCUGAAUUAGCCGAGGCAGUGAGCGAUGGCAAGAACUCUGGCGAGAUUGUAGUGUCUGGCCCUGAAACAGAGGCAAGAAUUUUACCUGAAUCGGCCGGUGCAGCAACUGAUGGGAUGGAUUCUGGUGAGAUUGCUCCUCAUCGACAUGACGGAAUUGCUUCAGGAACGGUUGAUAGGAGCUUGCCCAGAGCGAAUACUCUUCCUGGAGAGAAAGCAAAUGCUGACAAAGCAGAGUCAUCAGUGAGCCAGUUUAAUUUGGAAAGAUCCAAAACUGAGAGGCGGAGGCAUAAUAAUAUCCGCAGUGAUGCAGCAGCACAAAUUUUUGAUGACAAGAUUUCUGCUCGAAAGAAGCUUAAAAUGUUGAAUCGGAUUGCUACGGUGAAAGGUGAUGGAACUGUAGAAUUUGACCUUCCGGGCAGUGUAGAACCGGGAACUCUUAAUUUUGGAUCUGAAGACGUUUGUAAUGAGGUUGUUGAUGAAGAACCUCUAGACUCAACAGACAUUCAGUAUAUACCACCGCUGCAAAUUGUGAUGAUUAUUGUUGGAACUCGAGGAGAUGUCCAGCCAUUUAUUGCCAUUGGUAAACGCUUACAGGAUUACGGACAUCGUGUUAGGUUAGCAACUCAUUCGAAUUUCAAAGAGUUUGUGUUGACUGCUGGGUUGGAGUUCUUUCCUAUUGGUGGAGAUCCGAAAAUUCUUGCCGAGUAUAUGGUCAAGAAUAAAGGCUUCUUGCCAUCUGGGCCUUCAGAAAUACCUACUCAACGAAAGCAAAUGAAGGAAAUUAUUUAUUCUUUACUCUCAGCGUGCAAAGAUCCUGAUAUUGACUCUGGCAUUCCUUUUAAAGCGGAAGCCAUAAUUGCCAAUCCCCCAGCUUAUGGACAUACACAUGUGGCAGAGGCACUAAAAGUACCGAUUCACAUUUUUUUCACAAUGCCAUGGACGCCAACUAGUGAAUUUCCACAUCCUCUUUCCCGUGUCAAACAAUCAGCUGGAUAUAGACUAUCCUAUCAAAUUGUUGACUCAUUGAUUUGGCUUGGAAUACGGGACAUGAUAAAUGAUUUCAGGAAAAAGAAGCUGAAGUUACGACCUGUCACAUAUUUAAGUGGUGCCCAGGGUUCUGCUUCUGACAUUCCUACUGGAUAUAUCUGGAGCCCUCACCUUGUCCCCAAACCAAAAGACUGGGGGCCAAGGGUUGAUGUGGUUGGGUUUUGCUUUCUUGACCUUGCAUCAAAUUAUGAACCUCCUGAAUCACUCAUUAAAUGGCUUGAAGCUGGUAAAAAGCCUAUUUAUAUUGGAUUUGGUAGCCUUCCUGUUCAAGAACCGGAAAAGAUGACCCAGAUAAUUGUUGAAGCACUGGAAAUUACUGGACAGAGAGGCAUCAUUAACAAAGGAUGGGGUGGUCUUGGGAACUUGGCAGAACCAAAGGACUUUGUAUAUCUACUGGAUAACUGCCCCCAUGACUGGCUAUUCUUGCAAUGCAUGGCUGUGGUGCAUCAUGGGGGUGCUGGAACAACAGCUGCUGGCCUUAAAGCUGCGUGCCCAACAACUGUUGUACCUUUCUUCGGAGACCAGCCCUUUUGGGGAGAGCAAGUGCAUGCCAGAGGAGUAGGUCCCCCUCCUAUCCCAGUCGAUCAGUUCUCAUUACAAAAGCUGGUCUAUGCAAUAAAUUUCAUGUUGGACCCAAAGGUAAAGGAACGGGCAGUUGAACUGGCCAGGGCCAUGGAAUCAGAGGACGGGGUGACUGGAGCAGUGAAAGCAUUUUUUAAACAUCUUCCGCGUAGAUUCCCUCAGCCUUCUCCUUCACCAAUGCCAUCAGGAUUAUGUGAACCAUGCUUCAGCUCUAUAAGGAAAUGCUUCGGCUGUACCUGAUUUCUUGUUUCUCACCUCCACUUUUUCUAUGCUUGCAGUCCUUGGCCAACUUCUGUUUGUAGCUAUUUUUUAUUUAAAUAUUUAUAUGUUACUGUAGAUCCAAUCGGCUUUUGAAAAGUUUGUUUGGCUUUGCACAUGAGGUGCUGCUGGUGGUGGUGAAAACUUUCACCAAUGGUGUCCCCUUUUGACUUGUUGAGCAUGGAUUUUCUAGAAGCAAGUGUUUCUCUUCCCUCAA